UGAAGGACAAGAGCAGCGUAGCAGAGUGGGAGAAGACCUAUCAAAGCCUUGGUGCUGAACUAGAAGUAAAUAACCAACUCUUGAGCAUGAAGAAAAUAUUGUCACUCAGUUACAGUGAUUUGCCUCACUAUCUAAAGCUUUGUUUUCUGUACUUGAGUGUUUUUCCAGAGGACCAUCUAAUUGAACAUUGGAGAUUAAUUUGGUUAUGGAUAGCAGAAGGAUUUGUAGAAGUAAAAGAAGGAGCACCUAUAGAACAAGUUGCGGAGGGUUACCUCAAUGAGCUCGUCAAUAGAAGCUUGAUUCAAGUGGCGAAGAUAAAUGGUAAAAGGAGGAUUAAAUUAUAUCGCAUCCAUGACCUUUGGCGUGAAAUUAUUGUCUUCAAGUCAAGAGAGCAAAACAUUGUGACAAUAGCCAGUGAACGAGACACGAGGUGGCCUGAAAGAGUCCGACGCUUGUCAAUCCAUGAUCAUUUGGAACAUUUACAACUAAGCAAGCGUUUCACUCAGCUACGUUCUUUGCUCCUAUUUAGCACAACUUAUUCACCAAGCAUGCCGUCCAUGCUUGCAUCACUAAGAGAUCUAAAGCUAAUGAAGGUGUUGGAUCUGAGUGGUGCCUCAUUAAAGAUUUUCCCAAAUGAAGUUGUCAAACUAGGCCAUCUCACAUAUCUAAGUUUAAAGGGAACUGAGGUAAAAAAAAUUCCAAAGUCAAUAGGAAGGCUCAAGAACCUGGAAAUCUUGGACCUCAGACACACCUACGUCACUGAGUUGCCUGAUGAGAUCCUAAAUCUCCAAAGAUUGCGCCAUCUCUUGGCGUUUCGAUAUGAAGAAAAACGUAAUUAUUAUUCUUUUAAUAAUGAGUGUGGGUUCAAAUCCCCGGUUGAAAUAGGAAGUUUGACCUCCUUGCAGAAACUCGGUUCAAUUGAAGCAAACCACGGCAGUGGCAGCAUUGUACCAAGAGAGAUAGGGAAGCUGACCCAACUGAAGUCAUUAGGCAUUAUAAAGGUAAGAGGUGAAGAUGGUAUGGCACUAUGCUCAUCCCUUGAGAAGCUAAUCAACCUUUAUGCAUUGUAUGUUACUGCAACAGAAGAAGACGAGAUCAUUGAUCUAGAAUCUCUAUCUUUGCCUCCUCGACUUCUCCAAACACUAUUCCUGAAGGGACGUUUAGAGAAGUUACCGCAUUGGACACCUUCUCUUCACAGCCUAGUGACAGUAUGUCUACGGUGGCGCAAGUUAAAAGAUGCCGAUUCACUGCAAUAUCUUCAAGGUUUGCCCAAUCUGGUUUAUCUUGAUCUUGUUGAGGCAUAUGAAGGGGAGGAAUUGUGUUUCAAGGCUGGUGGGUUCCAGAAGCUUAAGAUUUUAUUGCUUAUUAGAUUAAAAGGAUUGAGGCGGGUGACAGUGAUGGAAGGUGCGAUGCCUCAUCUUGAAGAGCUAUACAUUGAGAAUUGCAAAUUGAUGGAGGAGUUGCCCUCAUGCAUCGAACAGCUAAUCAACCUUACAUUGCUUGACUUAUUUGAUAUGUCUCAUCUAUUGCUUUCCAAGUUGAAUAGAGACCUGCAAGGUGGGGAUUACUGGAGAAUAUCUCACAUCCCUGAAGUUUGGAUUGGGGACACAAAAGAUGGGCGCUGGAGAGGAACUAAUAUGUAGAGGGAGAGAGAAAAAGAAAGUUUCUAACAG